UUACUAUUCAAAAUGCAAUAGUGUGGCGGUUGUAUUUCAACUUAGGAUGAAAACGAAAAUCUCUCAUCUGGUUUGAGCUUGUAUAAUUUAAGCUAAUAUUGAUAUUAGUGAUUAGGAGGAAUGUGAAAAUAAAAUAACAAUUGAAAGUAAGAGCAAAAAUAAAAACUCAUAUAUUGUUAAAUUAAAGACAGAAGUAUUUAGAAAUAAUAAUAAUUUAAGAUUUGUAAAUAUUGGGCAAUAGAAGGUUAUUGUCCAUAUGGAUAAUAGGUACAUAAAAUAAAUAUAUUAAAUAGUGCGGAUUUGCUCAUGGGAAACAUGAAAUGAGAUAAAAAACACAUGUGCCUCCUAAUUACAAAACUCAAGUUUGUAAAAACUAUAAUAAAUUAGGGUAUAGAUUGUGUAAAUUAUUAGAUAUUGUUGUUAUGGAGAAAGAUGCUAAUUUAAACAUCCUGAAAAAAAAGGAAAUAAACUUCCUUGUCUUACUUACUAAAAUAUUUUAAAUAACAUAGGGAAUAUAUUUUUUAAACAAAAGUAUUAGAAUUCUUCUAUAUUCCUAGAUUGAUUAAAGAUUAAAAACGAAGUAAAGGUUUGCCUUAUAAAAUUUGA